ACUUGAUAUAAUUACGAGGCACCAUUCAUUAUUAACCCAAGUAUUUUUAUCAAAUUCCCAAAUCCAUGGCAACGUUGCAGAGAUUCAAGUUCCUAGCGACGCAGUGUGGAGUUACACAGAGCCCGACACGAAGUCCAAGCCCAAGAACAAGCCCGUUGGUACAGUUUCGUCGCAAGAAGACAACCUUAAAGAUGCUUCUGAGUCUUAGAUCGCCGAGCCGCCGUGAGCAGCCGCUGAUUAAUCAGGGACGUUCAUCGGCGGCUGAUAAAGAAGACGUAGCUGGACGCAAACUGAGAGACUUAUUCGUCUCUUCGUCUACCGUAGAGGAAGAAGAAGAAGAGAAUGAGAGACCGAAGGGGAAAACAAAAGAAGAAGUUCUUGCAGCCAUGGCAGCUAAACUGAAUGCAGCUGCUAGUCUCCAAAUGGAGUCGGACGCAACACCGGUUUUGUUCGGAUUCAGUAAGCGGCUUCUUCAACGAGCUUGGCGUCCUAAGCUUGGUACCAUUCCUGAGUAAUGUAACCAUUUUUUUUUUCUUUCUUAUUU